CAUUUUUCAAACAUUAAUUACAUUUUGAAUAUGUUCGGGGGAAAAUGUAUUUUUUCUCUUUUGAUUUUGUUUCCAUCUCUAAGAAGAUUGGAUGUUUCGUCUGAAAUGUUUCACAAAAAGGGGACAUGUGGCUUUGUUGGAAAAAAACCGAUUUGUUGUGAAGGUUUCAGAUGGAAUAUAACGGAGGAAACAUGUCAUGAGUGUAAACCAGGAUACUAUAAGCAUAACUGUUCAACUCAAUGUCCUUAUCCUGCAUAUGGUGAAAAAUGUCACCAGAAGUGCAACUGUGAUAAAUCAUCUUGUAACUUUAUGAAUGGAUGCAUCAUUUAUGAUUCUACCUUAUCGUAUAUCACAUUGACCGAAUACACUAAAAGACCGACACAGUUGUUAACAGAUAUAUUUCUACAGACAAAGGAGGCUAAAGGCAUGGAUUUUCAAACAAGAAAGACGAACGAACUAUUUUAUGCUGUAUUGUUCCUGUCACUAAUGCUUGUGUUGUUACUUAUUUUCUACAUCGGCGUUACUUUCUACCAAAAAAGAACAAGACAUGAUAACUCUAACUAUAGUGUUCGAUUUAAUAGAAGUAUUGAUAUUAACAGUCUCAUAUGACUGCAUGAAACAAUAUCAGUUAUACCAAAAUUUGAUCCAAUUAUGAUUCCAAUUAUGUUUCAAAAUGCUGCGUUUUAAAAUAAUGUUAUGGCAAAGCAAAAGUAGCGCAAUG